AUGCAGGAGGAUAUGGAGUAUGAUGCCCUAACCAUUCGGGCCCCUCAGCCGUCUCGCUGGUAUACCCGCCUGUGGCCCGCAUGCCUGGGUCAUGGGUGCUUGAGUCGAAGACAGCAGCGAUUUCCUUUGUACCUAAUUGGGUACGAUCCCGUGGGCCGAUUACAAAGGGCGGCCAGUGUGGGUGAUGUCAAAUUAGUCGAGAGAUUGAUCAAUGCCAGUGAACACCAUGUUGACGAGUGCGACAGGAGGGGCAGGAGUCCACUGCACUACGCCUCUGCCCAAAAUCAUCCUAAUGUAGUAACAUUGCUAUCAUCCAACGACUCUACCGAUAUUAAUAUGAAGGAUGAUGAAGGCUGCACUCCCCUAAUUAAGGCCGCCCAGCGGGACAAUGUAGAAUGCAUCUCUAUUCUACUCAGACACGGGGCUGAUCCCCACAUUGUAGAUGCCAAUGGCGAUGCUGCCCUCCACCACGCCAUUUGCAGAGGGAACAUACCAGUUGUCAGCAAACUGCUGGAGUAUAAUGUAGAUAUUAAAGCCAAAACAGAGUACGGGUUGACACCCUAUAAACUCGCUUUGUUUGAAAAUCAACUUAAAAUGGCGGAGUUUUUAAUUGAGAACGGUGCAGUUGCACCUUCGGAGCUUACACCAAAUAGUGGAGGAGCAGCUGCAGUAGAAUCAGAACAAUCAAUGAAAACCUGUGCCAACUCCAACGAAGAAGAAAAUUUCAGCACUGAUAUAAAGCCUUCUUGCAGCGGCAUACGACCACCUGGAGAGCUGAAACCAAUACUUAAGAAGUCUCUUCAGAUCAGUGGAGAUAAUGGAAGAAAUCAAGACCAAAUCCCACUCAGGCUCUCUGAAAACCCUCAUGUUACAACAGAGGACACGGCCACCACCUCUGCUAUUAAGGAGGAUAUUGACAACUCUUCCUCCAGGUACACGAUAAUAGAGAAACAACUUUUGUAUUCCAAGAAGAUCGCUGCAAUGAAGAAGCGGGACCAAGCAGGUCUUAGCAAAUCAAAAUCAAUGAUAGACCUAAGUACUCUCGGAGAGGCACUGCCUGAGUUCUCUAAAAAGAAAUCAUGCUUGAUGGUUGAAACAAAGAAGGGAGAAGGUUUCCUUCCUCCACCUAAUAUGCAUGACAUCGUGCCCCAGCCUCCUGCCCAUGCCGAUGCCACAUCAACUUCUCAUGUUAGUGAAACAGGUGACAAUCGUCAGUCAUCCGAGGAAACUACUGUUAACACCACCAGCGUUAGUGAAAGAGGUGACAAUCUUCAGUCUUCUGAGGAGACUACUGUUAACAACACCAGCGUGGAUCACACACCUUCUCUACGUACUUAUACUGGGCAUGCAAGGGGGAGAACACAUGCUGUCCCUGAGCUUGCUCCUGGUAGCCACACUGGUGACACCAUGGACCCUGUGCAACAUUCUGACCCUGUUCUUGAUACCUGCUUAGAAGAGAACACAUCCUACUCACCGGACCAGCUAUGCAGCGAAUACUCCCAUCAUGGUUUUUUCACUUUGGGCAGCAACCACAUCCUUGCUCCUCCUAACAUCGUCAAUGUGGUUGCUGCAGUUGGUGGCUUUGACGAUGCCGUGGAUAUGGAACCUAAUUUAGAAAUCCUGCACAGUUAA